AAGUCCUGAUAAUCUAUGCACAUCAAGAGCCCAAGUCCAUGAAUGGAUCUUUGAAAAAGGUUGCUGUGGAGGAGUUGAGCAAGCAGGGCUGCAGUGUCACAGUGUCUGAUUUAUAUGCAAUGCAGUUUGAACCAAGAGCAACAAGAAAUGACAUUGUUGGUUGCUUGCACAACUCAGAAGAGUUUAAUUAUGGCAUGGAGGCUUGGGAAGCUUACAAGAGUGGACGUUUGUCUGAUGAUGUGAUUGAAGAGCAAAAGAAGGUGCAGGAAGCAGACUUACUAAUUUUUCAGUUUCCCUUGUAUUGGUUCAGCAUGCCAGCAAUCAUGAAGGGCUGGAUGGACAGAGUCUUGGUCCAAGGAUUUGCUCAUGAAUUUCCAAACUGUUACGAUUCCGGUUUGCUCAAGGAUAAACUAGCCCUUUUUUCUUUUACCACUGGAGCAAGCAAAGAGAUGUACGCAAAAGGAGGUAUCAGCGGUGAUAUUCGCUAUCUCCUGUGGCCCAUGCAGCAUGGAAUCAUGCACUUUUGUGGAGUCAAAGUCCUUGCACCUCACAUCUGCUUUGCUCCGGAGUAUGUCUCUGAGGAGAAGAGGAAAGAGAUGCUGAAUGCCUGGGCCCAGCGUCUGAAGAGUCUUUGGAAGGAAGAACCCAUAAACUGCUCUCCUGAGUGGUAUUUCAAGUAAUGUUCAGCUACAAGACUACAGAGAGAAGAUUUUCUUUUCUUCAUUCUUGUUGGUGCCUUACCUCGCUAUCUGAAUGUUAAUGUCCCGAUUUGAACGUAUUGUAAGUAUCUUGAUUACUACAGCUGAGAGCUUAACUGACAAUAUAGUAUUUAUCUUCAUUG